AUGUCUCCGCCAGAAGGCUCAGGGGAAAAUGCCAACCUUCCCAAAACAUCCAACCAGGAAAACCCCAUCAUAUCUGAUGUUCUCCCCAAAACGCGCGGUAUCAAUAUCUUUGCAUCGCUCACGCGUGACUUCGAGUCCGUUGAAUCUCGCCUUAGCGACCCUGCGAGAAAUUUAACCGUUCUGGCGCCCCGAAACAGCGCCAUUCAGAAUCUGCCUCGCAAGCCCUGGGAAAAUCCCGAUGAUUACGCACAAUUUGGGGAGGCGAAUGCUUAUGAAGGAGAAGAUGGACAAGAUCGAGCUAGGCGCAACUUGAAGCGCUUUGUCGAUGCCCAUAUUGUUUCGUCAAGUCCUUGGGAAAAAGGGGAGGAAGUAGAGACUCUUGGAGGAGAUAAGCUGAGGUGGAUCAAAGAGGGAGAUAAGAUCUAUAUUCAACCCGGUAAUGUCGAAGUCGAUAGCAUUGCGGAGAAGGUAUCGAACGGCGAAGUAUGGAUCCUAAACAGUAUAAUCAACUACCGCUAA